GCCGGCGCGGCCGGCAGCCUACCCGGCAAGCCCGUGUACUCGACCCCGUCCCCGGCGGAGAACACCCCCCAGAAUAACGAGUGCAAGAUGGUGGAUCUGAGGGGGGCCAAAGUGGCCUCCUUCACCGUGGAGGGCUGCGAGCUCAUCUGCCUGCCCCAGGCGUUCGACCUCUUCCUGAAGCACUUGGUGGGGGGCUUGCACACGGUCUACACCAAGCUGAAGCGCCUGGAGAUCACGCCCGUGGUCUGCAACGUGGAGCAGGUCCGCAUCCUGAGGGGGCUGGGGGCCAUCCAGCCCGGCGUCAACCGCUGCAAACUCAUCUCCCGGAAGGAUUUCGAGACCCUCUACAACGACUGCACCAACGCC